UUCCUUCUUCCAGUUUUUCUUCGUUUUAUAGUUUCAGAUUUCAUUCCCAUCUACUUGUCUGUUUAUUCAUGCAUGUUAAUUUCUUGGAAAUUUUAUUAAAUUCAUCAAAUUGAUAUUUUAAUGUUAUGUUGUUUGGUGCUAAUUUGUCUAUAUGCUGAUAAUGAAUUAAUGAUAAAAAGCUUAAUUAAGAUUCUCAAUGUUGUGAAGCAAGAUGUUAUAUGGUUGAUCUGUUGACUUCAAUUAUUUGAUGUUGAAUUAAAAUUGAAUGUUUUACUGAAUUUUGAAUAUCUAGAUCAUGUAAGAAAUUAUGCUACCGUGGAAGAAAUUACACCCGAGGUGCUAGCUCAGUGAUAAGAGUUUAGUCCGAUAACCUCAUCCUCAUGUGCCGAGUUUGAAUCCUAGAGACAGAUAGCUGUUGUAAAAUGACCAUUGAGCUUAAUUGUUACAUCCCAAAAUUUUAGAAACCAAUUACUAGUACCUAAUGGAUAGAAUCCUUAAAUAUGUUAAGGAAUAAUAGUGAUUUAGAAAUAGAUAAAUUUGUGAUUAAAGGCUUAAUAGCAAUUGGUAAUUACUAGAACAAGUGAGGACAAAUAAUCAUUUGUUAAGAGGAAUAAGAUUCGAUUAGGAGUUAAUUAGAAAAAGGUGAGGACAUGAGAGUAAUUAGACAAGAUUGCAUGUAAUGUAAAUUAAUAAAAGUGCAAGGCAUUAUAAAAUUAGGUCUUUGGUUUCUAAAAUUCAUCGAACCCCAACGAACCCCAAAUCCUUCUCCAACCUUCAGCGCUUCACCGUUCCUUGAAAUAACACCAUUGCAUGCAAGACUUCCAUGGAAUCCAAGCUUCAUUUCACUAGUCUAAAAGCUCAAUAAGAGGAAUUAAAGACGAAGGAUUCAAGAUUGAGCUAUUAGGAGAAAAUGGAAUUGAGAUCCAAAGCUUGAAGAACAUAAAAUCAUCUUCAACUCAUCACUACCCAAAUUUCAUCUCUUCAUCUUCAAAUUAUUAAGGACGAACUGCUGGACUCAUCUGCUUUAACCUUUUAGUGAAGAAAAGUCUCUAAAAGCAGCAGAUAUUAAAUCCGUCUGCAUAUUAUCUGACCUUCCGGUAGAGAAUGGCUGCUGAAGAUGAUAAGGAUCUUAUUGAAAUCUUGGAAAACCAGAACUCAAUAGAUGUUGCUAAAUAUAUGAACUUUGUCAGUGCACCGCAGGCUGGUGCUAUAGCUACAUUUUCAGGCACAACUCGUGACACUUUUGAUGGAAAAACAGUUCUGGAGUUGGUAUAUGAAGCUUACAUUCCAAUGGCUAUACGUUGUAUCAAGUCUGUUUGUACGUCUGCACGAGAAUCCUGGAAUCUACAUUCCAUUGCUGUUGCUCAUCGGCUAGGUACCGUACCUGUAGGAGAAACAAGUGUCUUCAUUGCAGUGUCAUCUGUCCACAGGGCUGAUGCACUCGAGGCUUGUAGAUAUUUGAUAGAUGAGAUAAAAGCAACAGUUCCUAUUUGGAAAAAAGAGGUUUAUUCAAAUGGAGAGGUCUGGAAAGAGAACACUGAAUUCUUGGAGAGGAGGUCUGAGCUUGGUAAAAAGGAUGUAGCUGUCGAAAUUAAGGAGCACAAGAAAGAGCUUUGUUGUGGGACUAAGGUUCGUGUUAACCAUGAAGGUAGCCAGGAUUAAUGUCAACUUUGAGGAUCAAAGAAUAUACAAGAGAGUGAUUGCAAUAAUUUAACAUUAGUUUGCAAAAUCUCUCUCUCUCUCUCUCUCUUCCAUCAUUCCCGAUCUCUUAAUAAGAAUGUAUUUAAGCUUUUGAAAUCAAUAAACCUGUUCAUCGCUUGACAUUAAUAAGAAUGUUGUUAUUUAAGUUCUCUCACUGAGAUGUGAUUCCCAUCACAAUCAGAAGAAGAAAAAAAGUAGAAUUUUCAACAUUGGCGCAAAAGCGUUACAAUAAAAGAAGGUCAAGAGUUUAUAGAAUACAUGUUAAUGAUGUUGCUGGGA